CUCAAGCACCCCUGCUGACCCCUGCUGACCCCUGCUGUACAUGUGUUAUUCCUGUAAGAGCAUCGGCAGGAACUUUGAUUUUUGUACUCAGUCCUACUCUCCUGUCGUCACUCUCUCCUGUGCUGUGUUUGUGUAGUAUGUGAUCAGCCACUCCCAGUUGGAGACACGAACGCUGCAGCUGUCUGUGUGGCACCAUGACCGCUUCGGACACAACAGCUUCCUGGGGGAGGUGGAGCUGACCUUUGACUCCUGGGAGUUUGACAGCAACAUGGAGGAGUGGUACUCUCUGCAGCCCAAGCUGGACAGUAGUAUGGACUCCACGCUCCAGUAUAAAGGGGAGCUGACCGUGGUUCUGAAGUACAUCCCUGCAGAGAAGAACCUCAUGCUACCCCUGGACCAGGUCCAAGUGAAGAAAGGCUUUCUGAAAGGAAAGAAGUCCAGCAUCAAGCUGCCUAAAGGAGGUAUGGUGGAACUGCUGGUCAAGGAGGCCAAGAACCUGACCUCUGUCAAGUCUGGAGGCACUUCAGACCCCUUUGUGAAAGGGUACCUGCUCCCUGACAACAGUAAGUCCACCAAGCACAAGACGGUGGUGGUGCGUCGCUCGGUCAACCCCCAGUGGAACCACACCUUCACCUACUGUGGCCUGCAGGCCGGAGACCUGAACAACGUGUGUCUGGAGCUCACCGUCUGGGACAAGGAGGCUCUGGCCAGCAACGUCUUCCUGGGGGGAGUCCGACUCAACGGAGGGACAGGCCAGAGCUAUGGGAACGAGGUGGACUGGAUGGACUCGUACGGAGAGGAACAGCGGCUAUGGCAACGCAUGAUUGACAACCCGGAGGUCCCCCAGGAGUGUACACUGAUGCUGAGAUCCAGCAUGUGCAAGCACAACACAUGAGAUGGAGGGAGGGAGGGAAAGAAGGACAAAAGAAAGAGGGACAGAGAGAGGUGGCAGAAAAGGGAGAAACAGUGGAAGGAAAGAGGGGGAGAGAGAAAAAGAGAAGAAAAGAAAGAGAAGGACAUUGGUUGACAGUGCUCCAUGUCCAAGCUCUAUCCCGCAAUACAGAGCUGAUGACAUCACUCCACUUCCUGACCCUUGAACCCUAACCUCUGAGCUACCCUGAUCCUGCACUGGGGUUCAUAGUCCUCUAUCUGGUAAAGAGGUCAACCAGUCAUGCCUUACACACACAUGGCCAUUCCCAGCCAAGACCAAGCGCUGCUGCUACUGCUACUACUGCUACUACUACUACACUACUACUACUACUACUACUACUACUGCUACUACUACUACUACUACUACUACUACUACUACUACAAGUAUAUAUCCCUCCAAUAAAGUUCCAGACACUUAUAGAAGGUGGUGGCCCAACGCCCUAUUAAGACACUUUAUGUUGGUGUUUCCUUUAUUUUGGCAGUUACAUGUAUGUAACAUAAUGAACAAGCACAUUGUCAUUUGUAUGAUCUGAUCUGACUAUGCACAACGCUCUCCUCUCCCUGUGUUGAGACUACAUGAGGUAGAAGUUGUUCUUAACCCCAGAUCUAGGAUCAGAUUGCUCUGACCUGCUSUUAACCAUAACCAUUUAGGGGGAAGAUAAUGUAUCUGACCUUGCAUCAGUGGCUCAGGGUAGGUUUUACCUAGGCUUUGACUCAAUCAGAACCGACGUUGGCAGACAUUCGCUUAGCGGGUGUUUUGUUUCGUAUCCACGACAAGCUAACGCAUGGAGCCGCUUGUGGAUUUUCAGCUCUAACGCAGUUCCACUUCAGACACCGCCAAAACAAACGAUAUGGGGAUCUAAUAGAAUCUAGUCCCUACUCUCAUAAGGUAACUUCUUCAAAGGCUCUUAAGGGUUGAUGCAUGCUGAGUAGAUUUAAACAUUCCCAUAGUAUACUGUAAAAUUAUAAUAUGGGUGUGUUCAAGAUUGCAUURUUUAAUGCAAUAAUGUUAUUAUGCAUCAUUUUUGAACGGAUAAACCCCAGUUUCAAAGUGUUGCAGAAUUGCAUUGUAACUAAUCCUGAACACACCAAUGGUUUUACUGUAGUUUUGAUAAAGCACACAUUACGAGUAGAGUGGCACAAAUAGCCACUUCAUCAACAGAUAUUUUUGGACCUCAUUUUAGGUGGAAACAGAGAUUAAGGCAGAAAUCUAACCAGAGAUCCAGCAGCACCAAAUUGCUGAUAGAAAUGUAUUGUGUCAAGUGUGGAAUAGAGAGUCAGGGGGGCAGUUAUAUCUGCACCACAGGAAACAUUUUGCCCCAGGAGCCUUGUGGAGAUGGGAGGAGGAUUGCAUGUUCCAGAGUGAACCCAUGUCCAGGGCACCCUCUCAGUCAUAGGGAGAACUCAAUUGCAUACUCCUCCCAUCCUCUCUCCUYGCCUCCUUCUAAAAACCCACUGGAGGAGAAAGUCAGAGGGGAGGGACCUUUGGCUUUUUCAUCCAAUGGGUUUUGAGAAGAGAGGACGUGAGGAGAAUGUAAUUGAAAUUCUCUCUAUGACUCAUUGAAUAGAACACAUCCGUCAGCCUGUCUGUAGCCCAGGCCCAUGUGACCUGUCUGUCCCCACGACCUCAUUGGAUGAGUAAUAGCACUUCUAGUAUCCCCCCAUAAGUGGUUCUGAAGUCUUGGCAUGUACCUCGAAUGGCACCCUGUUCCCUAUAUGGGUGAUUCUACAGAAGUGGUGCAAAUUGGGGGUUUGGGGAAAAAAUCACAUUUGUAUCUGAUUUUUCCUAAACUUUCAGCACACAUCUUAUAUGUUAGAUAGACAUAUCUAAUACUCACACAAAUUUGUAUUGCAAAUUUGAAGUAUUGUCCUGAAUUUCUUACCAGGAAAAAAAUGUGUCACUACCAGCAUUGAUCAUUUGGGUUAACCUUCUAUUAAUGUUUUAUUUGCAUACAAAAUUGUCAAAAUAAUAAAAACAUGAUUUUUAACCGGACUUUAAAAUCCUUUCAAUUGAAUUUAGAGAAAUAUAAUCUCUAUUGUUCUUCUGUAAAAUGUUCAAUGUUGAUUGUAGAAUCUAAAAUGUAUUGAUUGAUUUAAUUACUUAUGUAUCUGAUUCAUUAUGUUGCUUGAUGUAUAAAUUGUAACUUUUCCUAUCUUUAUUUUAGCAAAAUGAAGAGUGUCAAUGGAUAUAUAUUGGGUAUAUAUUUUAGUAUAGACAUUACCAUUGAGGGCUUCCAUCAUUUUAAAGUAGUCAGCUGGAUGGGGAUUCUUAUGGGUUGGGAGCAUUGUCUUCUUCAAAUUGAGUUCCCUAUGGUUUGUAAACCAAAGACUUAAGUUCUUGUCCGAGAGCAUGAGCCAAGACCAAGAUUUAAACCAGGACAUUGGUCCCAAGAUCCAUACCUAGGGAGUUGAGACCAUGACAAGUUAAAUACAAAAUUUAUGUGGACUUGAGUGGUCUUAAGACCAAGACMACAAGAUCAAGACUCCAUAGGCCCUUUUUUCAAUUCUAAGAAACUUGAGUGGAGUAAAGUAGAGUAUAGUUCACUGGAGUACUGUAUAGUACAGUACAUUACAAUACAGUACAGCACAGCACAUUAUAGACAUCUAUGUUUGGGCCAAAUAGAUGUUAAUGUUUGGGCUCUUUAAGGAUUGGAGCCCCUCUGCUGGCUGUACAUCUUAAUACACUUUUUCCUGAAGUGUGCUCUUGACCACUACCUACAUGGUUGCUCAGGAUGUAAAGCAUGGCGCUUGCAACUUUAAAAUGGAGAUAGCCUCAAUGGCGCUGCCUGUGCUGGCACAGAUACAAAGAUGAGACCUCUAUCGAUCUCUAUGGUGUCAAUUGUUUUGGUUGUGACUGCUUUGGUUGGACAAUUUAGACCAAUUUAGACUUUUGGACAGAUGUACAUCCCACCAAAUACAUAUUUUGGUCCCAUAACCAUACUUUACAUAUUUUUUGAAAUAUUAGAUGUUGAGUAGUGACACUUCUUAAAAAUACAUGAAGAUUUAUUAAACCUGCUCACAAAUUUGAUCCAAAAUGCUUGCAGACAGACUACUCACUAUGUGGCCAUGCUAGAGAGGGGUGCAAUCCCAUCAGCUGGAGAUAUAUGUAGGGGUGUGGCUUAAUGCAGAUUCAUUCUACAGUCUUUUAAUGUGUGUGUUUUAUCAGUCUUUUAAUGUGUGUGUUUUAUCAGUCUUUAACGGUAGUGACAUCAAAAGGUGGGCCAGCAUUUUUUUGAAAAGUAUGUUUUAAAAUAAACAAAUCUACUAAUUAUACCAGUAUCUUUCAAUGUAAUAAUAGAACAACUCAAUAUGUUCUGUUGAAAUAAUAAUACUAAAACUAUUUAAAAAAUCAUGAAUUGCUUUAUUUUCAAACAUGAAGUUUAGGAGUCAGGGUGUGAGACAGACAAUCUCUCAAUAGAAACAGGUAUAUAAACAAUGACUUUGUGCUAUAUUAAUUGAAAAAUAUGUUUGUUAUUUCCUUGAAGUGAAUUAGAAUAUAUCAUGAUGUAAUGAAAUGUCCUAAGUUUGGAKACUUAAAUGUUUUUCUAAAUCGUUUAUUUUUAAUUUUUAUGUGGGACAGCAAUUUACAACACUUCUGUAGAAUACCCCAAAUACUCUAUAGGGAAAAGGAUGCCAUUUGGGCUGCAGGCUUGGUCUCAGUGUAGUCACAGCCUACUAUCAUAACCUACAGUCUACUGUGGAAUGCAAGUCUACAUAUUCACCAUUGUCUGAGUUCCUGUUAUACUCUGAAUUCUGAGUGUAAACAACCAUUGAAAACUACAGAAUACAGUAAUAAUAAUACUAUUAAAAUGGCAUUUACUGUGUAGAUGAGUUGCGUGCAAUACCCUGCUACUGAAGAAACACUAGACGUGUCUAACAGCAUGUUACUGUCUGUUUUAAUGUCCUCUCAUUCAAAACUAAAUUGUUCGAUUUGACAUUGCAAUGUGACUGAAUCAAUCUCUUAUUUUGUUUAAAAUGUAUUAUCAGAAUAUUUUGAAGAAUAAACAACACAUAUCAUUCCUCAGAUGACUUCUAUGUAUGUUGAGAACCAA